UGAAAUUAGUUUAAGAUGAGAUUUGAUUUUUCGUUAUUGAAUGACAAAAUUACUUCUAUUCAUAAAGAAAUUAACGAUAGAGAAAGUAAUGAUGAACAUAGAGAUGAAAUAAGAAGGCGAAAAAUAAGAAUAAUAGAUAGUGAAUGUGAAAGCAAUAAUUCAAGUGAAGAUAUCACAGAAGACAGAAAAUUCCAAAUGGAUAACAUGCAUAGAAUCGAAAAAUAUAAUGAAGAAUUUGUACCCGAUGAAAAAUUUGUAGGACCGCAAGUAUCUUCGAAUAUAAAUGAACUAUUAGAUUUUUUAAAACUAUUUUUUACUAAUAAACUUAUUAAUGAAAUAAUGUGCGAAAUAAAUUUAAUUAUGCAAUAAAAAAGUUAGAAGGAAAAGUACUAUUGCUCUACUUGCCCUGACAAACCGAGAAUGCAUCUUGGUAAUUGCUUUGUAAAAUAUCAUACAAAA